UAUGAACAGAGUGCAUCAAGAAAAUAAUACAGUGUUUAAACAGUUAAUACCGUGGGAUUUAAAAAAUGUGUGAUGUGCAGCAGAUUUCUUUGUUCAACUGCCGAACCGACCAUUUCGUUGCGUUUCUUUGGGAAAACUCAGAGCCAAAAGCAGGUGGAGUUCCACUUUUUUAUAAAUAUUAUAUUAGGAUAUACAUAUUGUUCAGUUAUUGUAAAAUUUAGUUGUAGUUUUUAGUUAUUUUCUGUUUUUAUCGGUAUUAAACAUGUGAAUGCGCAUAUUAUACUCGGUACAUAGGCAUAUAGAGAUCUAGUGAGAGGGGCGUUGCGGCAUGGCUAUUAUCUUGAAUUACCCAUGGACAAAGAGUAAAUCAACAUGAAGCAGUGUUACAUUAAAUCUGAAUUGGACAGUUAACCACCAGGACUAGCAAAAUGUCAACUCAUAGAGGGUUAACAACUGUGCUGGGAAGCUUAGCCAGCUUCUCCAAGAUCUCGGGGAGCAGCGACGAUGACUGGAUAGACCGCCUCAACCACCUGUGGACUGUGGUGCUCAUGACCUUGUUUGCGGUAGUGACCUCCUCCGGACAGUAUGCAGGGAACCCCAUUGAAUGCUGGGUACCUGCCGAGUUUACCGGAGCAUACACAAGUUAUGCCAAAUCUUACUGUUGGAUUUCCAAUACGUAUUAUGUUCCUCAGGAGGAACCAAUUCCACACAGGAUAUCAGACAGGUACAAUCAAGAAUUAACUUACUACCAGUGGGUACCCAUCAUUCUGAUGUUUCAGGCACUUAUGUUUAAAGUUCCCAAUAUUGUUUGGCGAAUGAUGAAUGGACAGUCUGGUGUGAACAUGGAAAGGAUAAUUGCCCUCUCCGAAAAUGGAAUGAUGGGAGAUCCAGAUGACAGAAUGAAAAAUAUCUCGCACCUUGCCAAGUACUUGAACCGCUGGAUUGAGACUCAUCGAGAAUACAGAUACAACUUCAUCGUAAAGAUGCGGGAGAAAUAUUCUAACGUGCUUUGUUUUUGCUGUGGAAAAAGAGAUGGCACUUUUCUGACGGGAUUCUAUAUUUUUAUCAAGUUUUUGUACUGUGCCAAUGUUGUAGGACAGUUUUUCCUUCUGAAUGCCUUUAUGGCUACCGAUUUCAAUAUGUUUGGUUUUGAAGUGAUUGAAAAUUUCAUUUACGACAGAAACUGGAGGGAAUCUCCUAGAUUUCCCAGGGUAACUUUAUGUGACUUCAAAAUCCGCCAACUCGCAAAUGUUCAGACUUUCACUGUGCAAUGUGUUUUGCCAAUCAACCUAUUUAAUGAAAAAAUAUUCAUAUUUUUAUGGUUUUGGUUUUUUAUUGUUGCCGCUUUGUCUUUUGGAAACCUUUUCCAUUGGAUAUACCAAAUCGUAUUCGGAGAAAAUAAAGUCACCUAUGUUCGAAAAUAUCUCAAAGUAGCCGGUGAAAUUCACACUAACUUUGACAAAAAAUUGUCCAGAAAGUUUGCAGAACAUUAUUUGCGGUCAGAUGGCAUCUUUGUUUUAAGGAUGGUGGGUAAGAAUACAUCUGCCAUGUUUAUGACGGAUCUGGUUCAGUUACUGUGGAAGACUUUCAAGGAGGAGCACUGUUCGAUGAAGAACGGAGUGACCGAGGUGGAGGAGACGCCGCUAAUGAAUGGAAACUGCCAGAUGGGGGAUAUGGAGCCGCCAUCUCUCAAAAGUAAACUGUAAUACACUGUGGUCUCGGUGUCUAUCCCACAAUUCCAGUCGAUUGUCUCACCAUUUUUAAUUGAUUACCCAUCCUGUAUUUUCAUUGAGUGAAAAUCUCCUUAAGACUUACCGUACAUUAUGUAUAGUUCAUGGUAUUCGAUUUUUUUAUAGUAAUUAGUUAAUAUUUUGUAUGUAGAUUUCACAUCCUGUGUUCUCAUUUCUCAGUGAGGCUGCCUCUAAAACAUUGCCCUACCCCAACACAUGGUUAAAACAUUGGGUUCAUUGCUAGGAAAAUAAACUUUUUUUUACACAAUAACUAAAUAGUUCAUGAAUAAAGAUCUGCAUAUAACUUAUUAAUGGCUUUAAAAAAUGUUAUGCUGUGAUUUUGUACAAAAUUAGAACCGUUUUAACAAGAGCUUGGACUUUCUGUGGGAUGUUACUAUCUAGUUUGCUCACCAAAACAAGCUGUCAAAUAUUGACCUGCCUUCUUCUAAUUCGCUAAGAGAGGUUCAUAGACUGUCAAAACCGGAAAGUUUUUUGCCAAUAUCUGCUCUGCUGUGUGAAAUUGGCGCUGUUUCAGCGAAAUAUACAUCUCCGGGUGAAGUUGGGCAAGUGUCAUUGCAUUCAAUAUAUUCAUAUCUAUUAGCCAAUGACUGGACAGUUAAUCAUAAGUAGACCCCGCCUUCAUCAAAUCGGAGUUUGUCACGUACUGCCCAAAGUCCAAGCUCUUGUUAAAACGGUUCUGUCUGGAGUUGGGUACUGUUAUAUCAGUCAUUUAGGAGAGGGCAAACAUUGUUUAGAGGUGGUCUGAUACUGAGGUUUCGUUGUUGUUGCCUUCAGUGCCUUGUGUUAUUUUUGUUCUAGUCAAUAGCAGGUGCUCCUUAUUAGAGAAUAACUUUAUUAAGUGGCUCUGUCAAAUGUUGUGAGAAUGCUUGUUUGCCGUAGUUGAAUAUGCAUCAUAUUUUUGUAGAAUUUUAUUUUUUCUAUAAAACAGCCUGAAUUUACAAACUA